AUGUCCGCCAACGCUACCUCCAACGCCGACACCCGCGGCUACGACCCCAACCUGACGCCCAGCGUCAUCAACGCCAUGGGCCCCAACACGCCGCCGCGCGCGCGCCAGAUCCUGAGCGCGCUGAUCCGCCAUCUGCAUGACUUUGCGCGCGAGGUCGACCUGACCUGGGACGAGUGGUUCAUUGGCGUCAAGUUCCUCAACUCGAUCGGGCAGGCGAGCAGCCCGAUCCGGAACGAGGGGCACCGCAUCUCGGACAUUCUGGGAUUGGAGUCCCUCGUCGAUGAAAUCACGCACAAGCUGGCGCUCAAGUCCGACGAGGCCCCCACGACGUCCUCCAUCCUGGGCCCGUUCUGGAGCCCCAACACGCCGUUCCGCGAGAACGGCGACACGAUCGUGCUGAGCCCGCACAACGGCCAGGUGACGUGGAUGCACGGGCAGGUGACGGACGCCCAGACCAAGAAGCCCAUCGCCAACGCCGUCGUCGACAUCUGGGAGGCGUCGUCCAACGGCAAGUACGACUUCCAGGACCCGGAGAACCAGGUGCCCAACAACCUGCGGGGGAAGUUCCGCACGGACGAGAACGGUUACUAUGGGUUCUACUGCCUGAAGCCGACGGCGUAUUCGCUGCCGACGGAUGGCCCUGCCUGGCAGCUGUUGCAGCUGAUGGACCGGUCUCCGAUGCGCCCGGCGCACAUCCACCUGAUGAUCACCCACCCCGACUACCACACCGUCAUCACGCAGCUCUACCCGGACGACGACCCGCACCUCAAGACAGACGCCGUCUUCGCCGUCAAGGACGGGCUGGUCGUGCACUUUGCGCCGCGCGAGGGCGACCCCAAGGCCGAGCUGGACCUGGAGUUCAACAUUUCGCUGGGGUCCAAGUCGAUUCCGACGUUGGCGGCGUCGCGGCUGUAA